AUGGGUAUAGCCCUAUUUGCCCCAGACCUAUCGGCGAUGAUCUCAAACCGCCGCUCUUAUUUCUGCAGCCCCUUGGUGCUCACAUCGCACCAUUUCUCCCCACACCUUUAUUUGCACCAUGCUGCUGUAUGGUUCGUCAUGCGCAAGGCACGCACCGAACCAGUCUCGGAUUACCCCGGCGCUCUUGUCCACUAA